AUGGCCCUCGAAGUCGACGCCGAUGGCACCGAGGAAGACGGUGGCCAUCUUGGGUCAUAUUCGAAACAAUCAUCACAGCUUGUUGACAUUCUGCGAAAGAAUUCGAGCCCACGAUCGCCCUAUCCGGAUUCCCUAGGAGUUUUCUCCUUGGUAUCAUUGUCCCAGUUCCCUACUGACAUCAGUAGAAGCAAUCUUUCUUUGAACACUGUGGUCUCCAAUAAUCCGAUACCUCAGCUUCAUGAUGCUGUGGGUAGCUAUUGGAGAUGUAAGACUCCCCUGUCUAAUUUAUUAAUCUCCGAACAACAGCGCAGCUCAUUAGCUGUUCAACCCCUUCGCUUACAAGGGCAGGAGACUCCCCCGGUAGUAGCCUCGAGGGAUGGCUGCUUGUAUAAUUUUCCGAGUUGUUCUUCUUACACGGUAACUACUCCUUCUACCUUGCAAAUUCGGACUUCCGACGGCGCGGCGGCAAUGGUCCCGUCGUCUUUGAAAAGGGUAAAGGCUAUCGGGAACCUACGAAACUCCUUUACCAUUCCCCCGGGGAAUGCGCAAGCCAAGUAUGGUUCGAGCCCUAGGAGGAUACCUGCCUUUACGUCUCCUAUACGAAGAACGCGGCCGCCGUUCGCCAACGAGGGAGAGCUGGUUAGCGCCUUGGAUCAGUUCAAUGCCUUUUAUGUUUUCAAUGCGAAGCCAAGAGGGACUCCUGUCAUCUAUAACUCAGAGGAUGUCUGGGCAUUUUCGGCAAUAAAAGAUACCGCGCCAUCGUCCCUUAACAUCAAGCAUAGUGAGGGAAAUAUAUCCGAUUUCAUCAAUGAAAUUGACGAAAAUGGGAAUGAAGUCAUUUAUCUCGCCCUAAUCAACCGAUUACACACAGUAAAGCCGGGAGAUCGAAGUUUGGCAGUUGCUUCGAUCAUCAAUGUGACGGAAAUUCUUGAGUACAUCACAUUUGAAGAAAUGGAGUGUGAGAAGACAAUGCAAGCGAAGCCGCGCUCACUAAACCUCCCCCAUUGCCCGAACAAUCGCGGCCUCGAGGGGCUACCCAGUUCGAUUCAGCCUUCUAGCAGUUCACACUCCACUUCUUCCCAGGCAAGUGAUACAGCUUCGUCAACUCCCGGCAAAACGACGACGUCCCUUGUGGAAGGAACAGGUGUUUUAGCUGAAAAUGAGUUUCAAGACUGGAUAACUUUCAAAGAUUAUGUGGAAUGUGCCGAAAAUGGAGAUGAUAUUUCUCAGCUGGCAGACCAGAUCAUCAAAGAGCUGUCUGACAGCCUUCUAAACCUCUAUGGGGAUUACUUCAUACUCUCGACGCCGCUAACAAAUGCCAGCAUCUAUGACAUGUCUCACAUUUCGCCAAGACUAUGUGACUCUGGAGACUAUAUUACAGGUCACCUAUACCACACCCCCCAAGCAACCAUGGACAAAAUCAAGCUCCUGCUAAUGGGGGACGAGCGCUUUUCAAUGAUUGUCAAAUGGGGUAUAUCUGGGAGACGCAGACGGCUCUACUGUGUGCCGCUCUUUGGACAACCGUCUAGACCUUGGCUUUGCACGUUAAUUGACCCUUCACUCCCCAGUUUGUGGCCCGAGGAAUCAGGAUAG